AAAAGCUACCAUCUAUCAAUAUAAACAUCCAAUUUUGUAUUUAAAGUUAAUAUUUGUCUAUUCUUCGUGAUGAUUAUGAAUUGGUACUUUUCUUGAUUCGAAUCGUUAGAUAAAACCCUUGUUGAAAGAUUAUGAUAUCAUUUGUUACGAGGGUAUCUAGGUAGUUUACAUAGUUAUGCCUUUACUCUAUUGCUAGCGAAAAAAAAAUUAAUUUAGCGAUAAAACGAAAUACAUCUACCAUAAUAGCAACGAGCUAGCCAUUAUCAUAUUUAUGACAUAUACGUUAUUAGCUUGUGGAUCUAAUGGGAAUUAUCAAUUGGGAAUCAACAAUGAUAUAGAUCAAAACACCUUACAACCAUGUUUAUUCGAACUACCUCAUAAUAACAAACCAACUUCAAUAUUAACCAAGUCGAAACCGAUCAAAAUAUCAUGUGGAGGUAAUCAUACUCUAAUAUUAUUUGAUAAUGGAGAUAUUUACUCGUGUGGUGAUAAUUCAUUUGGUCAAUGUGGACAUCCUUUAAGUCAAUCCUCAUAUCCUGUAUUCACUAAAAUAGGUACCCAGUCUAAUUGGAAGGAUAUAUCUUGUGGGUGGGAGUUCUCAAUGUUAAUCAAUCGAGAUAACCAAGUUUAUGUUUGUGGGCGUGGAUUGAAAGGUGAAUUGGGAUUGGGGAAUAAGAUAACUCAGUCUGAAUUAUGUCUAUUGGGUUUGGACUUUGAUAUAGAAGAAAUCGUUGAUGUGAAGUCAUCGCUUGAUGCAACUAUAUUACGAAUUCAAAAUAAUCAAUUAUUGGGAUGGGGUAAUUGUCGUAAGGGACAGUUGGGUAAACAACUAAUCAUGUCGAAUAAUAAACCAGAACCAAUAAUAUGGAAUCCUCGGAAGUUAGAUUUUGGAUUGGAGGCUGCUACUAAUUUUCAAUUUUCAUUAGGUAGAGAGUUUUCUGUAUUCUAUUUAGGUGGUGGAGUAAAGAUUCAUGGUAAAUCGAUUGGGUUAGAACAAGCUUCCGUUAGUAAUAAUCUAUCUGAAGUCAUUGAUAUCAAGACCAUGUGGUCAUCGGUUCAUCAAAUAGUAAGAGAUAAAUUGAAUCAUCUUCAAAUUGAGUCUUAUGGAAAUAAUAGUCAUGGACAAUUAUUCCCAGAGGUGCAAUCAGAAUCAAUCACAGAUAUUGUAAACUAUGCUAUUGGCAGUGAACAUGGUUUAAUAAGCACUCCUGAUAGUAUAGUUUAUUCAUGGGGUUGGGGAGAACAUGGUAAUUGCGGUAUACAACAGCAGACAAAGGAUGCUGAGGAUGUUACUUUUGAUUAUUUGAAUUUAUUAUACAAAGCUGGUAAUGAUGAGAAAAUAAUACUCCUAAGUGGAGGAUGUGCUACUAGUUGGAUUCUUAUAGAAACCUCUACUUAAAUAGAAAACCAAUCUAUAAAUAAAGAGGAAUGUCACGAAUUAUCUUUCCCAUAUUCAUCUAUUGCACGGGAUGAAUAAGAUCAUCAUGCUCAAAGAUGGAAAAUAUGUCAGACGUAGUUAUUAUAGGAUGAUUGUAUCGAUAAUCAGUACAUUUGCUUUUUUCUAAACGUUUCAUCUUAAUUCUAAUACUCUCUAUGAUCGUGAAACCAUAAAGAAAAGAAACAUGUAACGAAGAAACCAAAAACUUUAAUCAAUUACCUUCUUUGAUCACCCAUAAAAAGAAAAAGAAUUAAAAAUAGAAAUAUGAAAUUGUCAAACGACAAU